AUGCUACUUGUCGAUGAAGAAACACGCACAGAUGUGCUCGACUACUUCCCGGCGAUCACAAAUAAGAAAAUAUAUUAUCAACUCCUUACUCAACAUAUCCAUUACCAAGACGCUCAAACGUUUCAAGAUGACAUUUCUUUCUUAAAGGAGUCUAGUUUGAAAUGGCGUGUACCUCUUACAGUGCAGAAGCGGCUGGACAUGAUGGACACUGAUUGGAACAAGCUGCCCUCUACGUUACAUGAAAUGCCCAAUAUAUACUUGCAAGACUUGGCUUUAUUUUUAGAUGACUCAACAACGUUAUCCAGACUGCUGUAUAGUGCCAAUAUCGACUCGUCCACAUGGCAGUGGCAAGAGAAAUCAAAGUGCUUUCCGUUGAUUGAAACAACAAAAGGUCAUGUUGUUUUUAGUCAUCCACAACAUGAGCGCCAAGCAAUGGCAGCAGACAAGUCAAGAAAAGCAACUUAUUCGCACCGCAGUGUCCGAAAACUAGCUUUAUUUGAUACCAUGUCCACCAUCAUCACUACCAGCAGCAGCAGCAGCAGCAGCGGUAAGGAUGACAAUGCCAACGCUCAUAACCCUAUUCCACCCGAUUAUGGAAGAGAGAUAUCCACCAGUACAUCUACGCAUGCUGCUGCCAAUACAGCGACUACGACGCUUACUGCGGAAACAGCUACAUUAGGUGAUAUCCAAAAUAAUGCAAUACGCUAUCGACCACCCGGAUGCAAGUUUCUCCCACAUCGAGAAAUCGAUGAUUUCAUAAAACAGAAAAAGCAAGUGAACAGUAAUGUCAGACAGGAGUAG